AUGAAGAACUGUGGUACACCUGUUCAUGAAGAAGUUUGCAGCACUGACUUUAUGCAGCAGCUUGUUGGGAUGGUUGAUACAUCCCCAGACGUUCGUGCAAAGCUUCUAGAGUGUCUUCAAAAUUGGGCGUAUGUUUUUCGUGAUAAGCCUGGCUACGUUGCUGUGAUAGAUGCUUAUGAGAACCUUAAAAACGCUGGCUACGUUUUUCCGGAGUUCUCAGAGAGUGCUGCUAUGUUCAGUGUAGUUUGUGCUCCAAGUUGGAAGGAAGGAAAUGCAUGCCAUCGAUGCAAGUCCGCAUUUACUACGUUCAGGCGUAAACAUCACUGUCGUAAGUGUGGUCAAGUGUUUUGUGGUGAGUGUACCUCAUCGCGCGCCAUUCUUCCUGAAUUUGGCAUUGAGAAGGAAGUGCGUGUUUGUGAUUUGUGCUUUGAAUCAGUUAACAGAGGAUUGUCUUCUGCUUCAAAUAACUCUGAAGAUAAAAGGUCUGUGGAGAGGGAGAAUCAGCUUCGACGUGAGAAAGAGCGACAACUGGAACAGCAAGAAAACGAGGAUCUGGAAUUGGCUUUAGCCUUAAGUGCUAGCGAAGCAGAGUCGAAUCAGAGGAAUAAUCAAAUAAAGUCUACUAUCAAUGACAAUAAACCUUCACCAUCAUCAGCAUCGCCAACAGUCGCUCACCUUCUCCCAGUUCUCGAUACAAGUGAAAUGGAUCCUGAGUUAGCGCAAUAUUUAUCUAAACAUUAUCAGAGAGCUAAUCCAUCAUCUACUCAGGAUGGCAUAUAUCAAGAAAAUUCUCAAGAACAUCUCAUGCUUCAACGUCUAACCACUCAGCCUAGCGCACCUAUAUAUGCUUCCAGUACACCAUCAGAUAAUGGUACGAUUUCUAUUAACACUCUCAAGUCCGGAGUGAAUAGUGAUUUUAAUGUACCAGGAAAGUCGAUCCAGUGA